AUGACAGGGAUAAAGGCGCCUUCGAAACGGCAACUUAACAACUACUUAUAUGACAGAAGGCGCGAGAAGUUCGGAAGAGCUGCAAUUUACUUAGAUGAACUUGAAAAAUGGAUUUUCGAUGGAACUACUAUUCCCGAUGAUGAAAAUGAAGUUUUCGUGUUCAGCUAUCACGUGAUAGAAGCGGAAGAACCAAGUUUUCGUCUGGCAUUGUCAACUAAAAAAUUACUCAACAUAGUUUGUUCCACGGACAUACUGCACAUAGACGCCACAUACAAACUCAUAUGGCAAGGGUUCCCCGUUUUAGUUCUUGGUACCACUGAUAAGAACCGCAAGUUCCAUCCGCUUUAUCUUGGUGUGUCCACGAAUGAACGUCAAGAAGAUUUUCAAAUGAUUUUGAUGGCCUUAAAGAAAAGGUUCUGUCUUUAUUUGAUCACGUGA